AUGGAUUCUCUGCUCGCUCUGUUAAAGAAAGACAAGACCUGCUCUCAGCUCACGGCGCCUCGCCCCGCAGAGCCGUGUCCCAAGUGCGAACACCCCCGCGCCUACUUCAUGCAGAUCCAGACGCGUUCGGCCGACGAGCCCAUGACCACCUUCUACAAGUGCUGCAACGCGCAGUGCGGGCACCGGUGGCGGGACUGA